GGUAAGAAAUGAUAUCCACAGUAGCAGCUGAAACUACCAGCAAAACUCAGCUCCAUGCCAACACUCAGCUCCAUUUAGCAAAAUCCUUAGCUUACUAUCCAAAUUGGGAAGUUCAUUGAUGCUACCCAUGCUUACAUGUGCCACAUUACAGUCAUUUCUACCUCCUUCAAUCAAUCCUCACCAUUACAACAACAACCCACCUCAAAUUCUUCAUAGAAGCAGCAAAAUUGUUACUCCAAAUGUUAAGAAAUCCAAACCCAUUCAAGCAAAUACAAAACAAAGUUUGUUUCUGUAUAAUCUUUACUUACAAAUGUAUGCAAAUUCUGGUUUUAUGGAUGAAGCACAGAAACUGUUUGAUGAAAUGCGUGAGAGAACUUUGGUUUCAUGGACGAUUCUUAUGUCAGGUUAUGCUCGCCAUGGACCUAAGACUGAAACGUUAGUAAUUUUUCAGAAAAUGGUUCUGAAUAAUGGGUUUAAGGCUAUUCAGCCGGAUUCUUUUGUAUAUGGGAUUGUUUUGCGGGCUUGUUCGAGUUUAGAGUAUCUUGAUUAUGGUCGUGAAAUUCAUUGCAGGGUAUUGAAAACUGAUGGUCUUAUGGAUUCGUUUGUUGAGAAUGCGCUUGUUAUGAUGUAUUCGAGUUGUGGAUCUGUAAAGGAUUCAGCGCGUGUUUUUGAUGCGAUUUUACAGCCGAAUGUGGUGUCGUGGAGCUCAAUGUUUAAUGGGUAUGUGCAAAAUGGGCUGGAUGAAGAAGGGUUGAGAUUCUUCUGUAUGAUGAUUAAAGCUGGAAUUGAGCCGGACGUGUUUGCCUUUUCGAUGGUUUUUGGUGCUUGUACUACGUUGGGUUGCUUCGAUUUUGGAAUUCAGGUUCAUUGUUGUGUAAUUAAGAUGGGAUUUUGUUCUUCUGUAUAUUUGCAGAACAGUUUGAUGGAUUUUUACGCGAAAUGUGGGGAUUCAAGCUCACUAGAGAAGGUCUUUCAUGAAAUGCCUGAGAGGAACUUGGUUUCUUGGAAUACUAUUAUUAAGGGAUUGGUCAGUAAUCACCAAAAUUGGGAUGCUUUGAGACUCUUCCGUAUUAUGAUGAAUGAAGCUCUCUAUUGUGACGAUUACACAUUACCGAGUGUUUUUCUAGCCAUAACUGGUGUAGGAUCUUUGAGUCAGGGAAGAGAAGUUCAUGCAUAUGUAAUUAAAGCUGGGUUCAAGUCGAAUGUAUAUGUAGUCAGUUGUCUCCUGGAUAUGUACACUGUGUGCAUCGAUCAUGAGAGCCCGAAUCCUUCGAGAGAAGUUCCCAUGAAAAUUUUCAGUCAGCUGAACGGUAAACAAUGUGAUGAAUUUAUCUAUGCAAGCAUUUUGAAAUGUUGUUCUCUGCAAUUUGAUCUGGAAACAGGAAAAUCUAUUCAUUCGCAGAUCAUAAAACAAGAUAUGCAAUCUGACCCGUUGGUGGCUAGCUCACUGAUUGGCAUGUAUUCCAAGUGUAGCAUACCGAAUGCAGCUCUAACAAUAUUUACGAGGAUUCAAUUAUGUCACGGGGAGAUUAGUUCCAGGGCUGCUGGUCAUAUUCUUAACUCAUGUGCAAAUCUCGUUCUUUUAAAUGUCGGAAGACAAAUACAAGGUUACAUCACCAAAAGAGGGCUUCUGUCCGAUCCUUGCGCCUGCAAUUCUCUUAUUAGAAUGUACUCUAAAGGUGGACAAAUUGCUGAUGCAGCUCAAGCUUUUAAUUCUAUGAUUGAGAAGAAUUCUGAUUCUUGGACUUCAUUGAUCUCCGCAAAUGUGAAUUAUGGUCAUUCAUCCGAAGCUAUCCAACUGUUUACUCUUAUGUGUAAAAUACAUAAGUCACCGAACUCGGUCACUUUCAGAUCUGCAUUGAAAGCAUAUGCCCAGAUGGGUCUGUGUUAGGUCGUGCGGGAAUGUUUGAAGAGGCUAAAGAAUUCAUUAACCAUGUCUAUAAACUUGAACCAGUACCAAAUGCUUGGAAAAUUCUUCUUUCAGGUUGUCGCAUACGCGGUGACAUGAGCAUUGCAAAGUAUAUAGCUGAGAAACUUGUAGAACUUGAACCAACUGAUGUAACUGCAAAUCUACUGCUACAGCAAGUUCUUCUGACUCAGGGAAAUUGGGAUAACGCAACAAAGAUGAAAACCAACUGCAAUUCACCGAGAUCAAGUUCUAGCUGGAUUGAAGUAAGAAACAAGGUAUACGAAUUCGUGUCAGACCAAGUUCCAGAAGAGGCAAUCUCCACAAAAUUGUCAGAGAUGGAAAGAACAAUGAAGGAAUUUGGUUAUGUAGCUGAUAGAAACCAUUUACUACACAAUGCAGAAGAAGAAGAAUAUGCAGGACCAGGUCUUCAUCACACAGAAAUGAAGGCAUUAGCUUUUGGACUCCUCUCUUUGGCUCCAGGUGUACCAAUACGUAUAAUGAAGAACGUUCGCAUGUGUGGAGAUUGUCAUUCUGCUUGCAAGUUCAUGUCAACAUUCUUGGGCAGAGACUUGGUUGUGAAGGACUCUUGUAAGUAUCAUAACUUCAGUAAUGGGAAAUGUAGCUGUAAAAAUGCAUGGUAGAUAGAUGGGAUUAGAGUACUGUAUAGCUUUUGUACAAAGAAAUUUCACUUCCAAGGCCUUUCCAGAAUAGGUUUGCUGUUCAAAGCCAAUAAAAUGGCACAUUGUACAAGUUCUUAAAUCAUAACUGCUGGAUGGUUUAGAUGUUCCCUGAUAAUUUUGACCAAGUAAUCUGUUGAUCAUUUCAAGUC